CCAGCUCCCAGCUCCCAGCUCCCAGCUCCCAGCUUGCAUCACCAUCAUCUCGACACAAAACUGUCCGUCAUUGUACAUGCUCCUGCCCUCGGUACAGUGCAUCCAGAAAGACAGACAUGGCACAAUUACCUGACCAGACGAUCCACCGGGAUCCCCAGUUAUUUUACUGGAUCCUGGUGCCCAUUACCGUUGUGAUGGUAUUGACGGGCAUCCUUCGCCACUAUGCCUCCGUCCUUCUCGCUACGCCUUCGAAGAUUAUUGACAGACCAACCAUGAAAGAGCAGCGCUCUCUAAUCCAUGGACAAACAGUGCGAAACAACCACCACGUCCUGUCCAAGAAGUCGUUCGAAGCGCGUCGCGAAGUCCUUAUCAAUGCCUACGAGUCGGGCGCCUAUCUCAAGAAUGGAGCUGGAAAGGAUCAAGCUCCUACGAACCCGUUGACUGACCCGGGAGCUAUGGAUGGCAUGAUGGGCAUGAUGAAGAACAACAUGGCUAUGAUCAUCCCCAACACCCUCAUUAUGAGCUGGAUCAGCGCAUUCUUCAGUGGUUAUGUCAUUACAAAACUGCCUUUCCCGAUCACGAUCAAGUUCAAGAGUAUGCUACAAGCCGGAGUCGCCACCAAGGAAAUGGAUCCCCGGUGGAUGUCAAGCAUCAGCUGGUACUUCUUGUGCAUCUUUGGACUUCAGCCUGUUUUCGUGUUUCUUCUCGGAAGCGAUAAUGCCGCUAGCCAGAUGGCACAACAAAUGGGCCAAAUGGGACCGCCGCCCAACCAGCCGAUGCUCGGCGCUGGGCCGGAUACAAACAAGCAGUUCCUAGGUGAAGCUGAAAACAUAGCCGUUAUUGACCAUUACUCGGUCCUCGACGACGUUGAGCUACGACUGCUCAAGGGUAUCAAGGGGUAAAGUAGAAUAACAGACGAUAGGGAAAAGAAAGAAAAAAAAAAAAGAACUCCGUCUUACGAAUACCGCCACCCGGCAUGCCUCCGCACGAGUGCGAUCUAGCCUUCCUCCCCCUCUCCACCUUCUUCUCCCUCGUCUCCAUCCCACCACAAACACACACCUAGUCCAUCCAUGGCCAUGGAACCUUUGAUCCUGUAAGGCGCCUGAAGCGCAUCCUCUUCAUUCUGGUUCGGUCCUGCUGGGGUCUGGUCGUGCCAUUCCUCGUCGAUGACCUGGAAGCGGACCAUCUCAUGGUUGUCAUAGUAGAGGC